UAAGUACUAGCUUUUGCCUGCAACUCCAUCCAAUAUGGGUUAAAAGGAUCCUAUGCCUGUCUUCUGGUUCUAAGCUACUUCUCCAACAAUGCUGAGCCAAAUUGGGGCAGCCGUUCUUGAGCUAUAAAUAUUAUCAUGUCUAAUAAUAAGCGCAAAAACCCAAUGCUCUGUGGCCCUACGCGGGUGCGUAAGGCACGUAGGCCUGUUUCUGAUGACGAUGACAGCAGUGAUUCCAACCAUUCGGAUCAUGCUCUACAAGAGCCGCCGCGAAACUUAUCUCCUCUUAUUGAAGAACCAAGGGAGAAGUUGCCAGAGGAGCUCUUGCAAACUUUUUACAAAACACCUGGUGUUUUGAUGAUUGCUGGGCUUGUUACCUGGGACAUGGUCGCUAAGAGGGAUAAGACUCCGACCCAGCGUGCUCAGCCCAACCUCUUCACUUUCCACAAGUUUACUGAUCGGAAGUACCGCCUGAUAGUAAGCGGCUGCAGCGCCGGCCAUUCCAUCUUAGUCUCUGAAGAAGGCGAUGCCUAUACUUUUGGUCGUAACACAUGCGGUCAACUUGGAUUUGGUGACACUGUCACUCGCAAUGUACCUGAAUUGGUUCCAAGAUUGAGAGGCAUGAACAUCAUACAUGCUGCAGCUGGCAGGAAUCAUUCCCUGUUUGUUACAGACACUGGUGCAGUUUAUGCAUGCGGUGAUAACAAAUGCGGACAAUGUGGUAUUGGGAAUACAACUCCUCAGAUACUUGAGCCCACCCGUGUGAGACAUACUGGAGCACCAAUAGUGAAGGUUGGAUGUGGUGCCGAAUUCUCAAUGAUACUGGAUUGUAACGGCGCUCUUCAUUCAUUUGGAUUGCCUGAAUUUGGCCAAUUGGGCCAUAACACCGAUGGAAAAUACUUUGUCUCAUCUACAAAACUGUCAUAUCACUUUGAGACAGUUCCAAGGCACAUUGGAUUCUUCUAUGAGAAAUCCAAAGAGGGAUAUGUGAUGGCCGUAAAAGAUGUUGACAUUGUCGACUUCUCGUGUGGAAAUAACCAUACGGUGGCGAUUGAUUCCAAGAAGCGCGCGUUCAGUUGGGGCUUCGGAGGCUUCGGCCGUCUCGGUCACGCUGAGCAGAGAGAUGAGAGCGUGCCGCGACUCAUUAAGUACUUUGAUCACCAGGCGCGUGGAGUGCGCUCCGUGCACUGCGGUGCCACCUACAGUCUCGCUGUCAAUGAACAUGGCAUGCUGUUUAUGUUUGGGCAGACUAAGCGCACUGGUGAAGCUAAUAUGUACCCCAAGCCGGUACAGGACCUUACUGGUUGGAGCAUUCGUACUGUGGGCACGAGCAACACAUCCGUAGUGAUAGCGGCUGAUGAUACUCUCAUUGCUUGGGGCGUUUCCCCCACUUACGGAGAGCUUGGAACAGGAGAGAUCAACAAGUCGACGGCGAAACCCCGUGAAGUUAGCAAAAUGGAGGGUCUCAAAAUAACGCAGGUGACAAUGGGAUACUCUCACACUCUACUGCUCUCCGACGACUCAACUGAGGAAGUGCAGAAAAAGUUGUCUCUGAUGCCAGUUUUCAAUCCUUAAGAAACAUAUGUACACCAUUUUAAAAUUCAUUCCAACAUUGCAUGAAAUAUUUAAUAAGUAUUAUUGUAUUGAGGAUAAUUAUUCUAUUCUUUCCUCGAUGAAAACAAUCUCAAUGUGAUUUAAUAGAUUAUUCAUACAUUGUGUGUAAAACACAUUUACUAAUUUACUUUUCUUGUAGCAUGCUGUGUUAAAAAUACUUAAGAACAAAUAUUUGACGUAGGAUAAAAAGGUUCGAUAUGUCUUAUUGGUGAUGUUCCGUUUU